GAGAAAACUGCCGUAGCGAGAGUAAUAAAAACCUCGUCGCGGCUCCCUUCUUCGUCGCUUGCCCGCCGCCGCCGAGCGCAAACCCCGCCCAAAACCCUAGCCGCCAUGGACGCCGCCGUCCUGGAAGCCCUCAUCCUGGAGCUCCACGCCAUCGAGGCCGUCAAGUUCGGCUCCUUUGUGCUCAAGUCCGGCAUCACCUCCCCCAUCUACCUCGACCUCCGCGCGCUCGUCUCACACCCGAGGCUGCUCUCUUCCAUCGCCUCCCUCCUCCACUCCAUCCCGGCCACCCGCCCCUACGACCUCCUCUGCGGCGUCCCCUACACCGCGCUCCCCAUCGCCUCCGUCCUCUCCGUCGACCGCUCCGUCCCCAUGCUCCUCCGCCGCAAGGAGGUCAAGGCCCACGGCACCGCCAAGUCCAUCGAGGGCUCCUUCCGCGCCGGGGACACCGUACUCAUCAUCGAGGACCUCGUCACCAGCGGAGCCUCCGUGCUCGAGACCGCCGCGCCGCUCCGCGAACAGGGGCUCGUGGUCGCGGACGCCGUCGUGGUGGUCGACCGCGAGCAGGGCGGGAGGGAGAACCUCGCCGCCAAUGGGAUCACUCUGCACUCGCUCAUGACCCUCACGGAGGUGCUCACGGUGCUGCUGAAACACGGCAAGGUGAGCGAGGAGAAGGCGGCGGAGGUAAGGCAGUUCCUUGACGCCAAUAGGAAGGUGACGGUGCCUGGUGCGGCUGUCAAGCCCAAAGUAGUCAGGAAGGGGUUUGCUGAAAGGGCUGGAUUGGCCACGAAUCCGAUGGGGAAGAGGCUCUUCGAGGUGAUGGAGGUAAAGCAGAGCAAUCUGUGUGUUGCCGCGGAUGUGGGGACUGCAAAGGAGCUCCUUGAGCUUGCUGAGAAGGUUGGUCCAGAGAUUUGCAUGCUGAAGACUCAUGUGGAUAUCUUGUCUGACUUCACUCCUGAUUUUGGAGCUAAGCUUCGUUCGAUUGCUGAGAAGCACAACUUUUUGAUAUUUGAAGACCGCAAGUUUGCUGACAUUGGAAACACAGUAACUAUGCAAUAUGAAGGAGGAAUCUUUCGCAUAUUAGAUUGGGCUGAUAUUGUCAAUGCCCAUAUAAUUCCUGGACCUGGGAUUGUGGAUGGACUGAAGCUUAAGGGUUUGCCAAAAGGAAGAGGGCUGCUUUUGCUUGCUGAAAUGAGCUCGGCUGGCAACCUUGCUCAUGGAGAGUACACUGCUGCAGCUGUAAAGAUUGCUGAGCAACAUUCUGAUUUUGUAAUUGGAUUUAUAUCAGUAAAUCCUGCAUCUUGGUCAGUGGCACCAUCAAGUCCAGCAUUUAUCCAUGCUACUCCUGGAGUGCAGAUGGUUUCUGGAGGGGAUGCUCUUGGUCAACAAUACAAUACUCCUUAUUCGGUUAUAAACGACAGAGGCAGCGACAUAAUUAUAGUCGGGCGAGGGAUUAUAAAGGCGAGUAAUCCAGCUGAGACCGCGAGGGAGUACCGCAUCCAAGGGUGGCAAGCUUACCAAUCCAGCCUGUCAUGAGAAAUUGAGAAUAUGUACAAGAGCAUUCACUCGUUCAGGCGACUACUGUAAUAAGAGUAUCCCCAGUAUUGGCAAUCACUGUUUCCAAUAAUGAUUUGGAGUUGACGAUGAUAAAACUAAGUUUCCAGUAACCAUAGCUACAUGCUCUUAUGUUCUGGGUGUUUGCCGCUGUGGUUAAUAAGCAUCUGCGAGGCGCUUCGAAGCCACU